AUGAAGCUGGCCUCCAAAGGGCCCAUUUUGCGGUGGUCGCUGCGGAACCCGACGACAGGAGCCAUUUUUUCACGGAGUGACUGGCGGUCAGGCCGUGACCUUGGCCGUGAGGAGAGGGACUCAGGGUUGUUGCUUCGUCUGCGCGAUAUUGGCAGUCAUGUGUCGGAUGGUGCCCUUCCCGUUGCAGUGGUCAAAGCACAGCCGAGUGACUUUCAGGUGAAUGAGAUCGACGCAAGUGGAAGCGUGGCCACUUUGGAAAAGGCGCCUAAGGGAAAGUGGCGGAAAAUAUCACGCCCCAAAACGCUCCUCAUUGAGGAUGACGCGGCAACUCCAUUUGGUGAUCCGGCAAAGACAUUUACUCCACGGGUACAAAGUUAUGGGGAAUAUGUGAGAGUCUUGGGGAAGCUUCCGCAGGACUCUCCCAUUUUGCGGUUUGUCGUCUACAGAGACGCCUAUUCGCUUCUUAGCGUUGAAAACCGUAUGAGGUAUGCAUUGUCUCUUCAACCGGGCUCUGCAUUAUUGUGUGAAUCCUCUGGUGGUUCGUUUGGUUGUAUUUCACAGUAUGGCAUAUGCAUUGGCAUUACAAGGGAGUUUCUUCCACACGCUUCGCGUCAUUACAACUUGCAUCCUCUUAUUUUCAACCCUCAAGCAUACCAUGCAGCAGAUAACCUUGAAUUUUUGUUGCGGAGACCCUCUGGGUAUUACUACCGUCUUGUUUUGCGUUGUGUCGAAGGAGACCCGGAUACCAUAAACCAUCACCUAAAACGAUUAAGUGAAAGAGGAUUUAUUAAUUAUUUUGGUGUAGAAACGUUUGGGGUUGGGUCCAACAGAUUGUUUGAACUCGCCGCUUUUGCAGCACAAGGGGAUUUCCGACAGGCGGUGGGUGGUUUGCUUCAAUGCGUUGCGGAGUGUGAUGGCUUGCAUCACGAUUACUACAUCAAGUACCUGAACGCAGAUCCCAGCACUGUACAGGGUAUGUCAAAGUUGUGGGCUGAUGCGGCAAAACACAUGCGAUCGCAAAAAUGGGUGGUUGACUUAUUGAGAGGUGUGGUAAAAUAUCAUGAGAGUGGAGAAGCGGGGGAACAUCUUUCUGCGAUAUGGGAUUCUCUCCCUAUUCGGGAUAGGGUUCAGGCUAGUGCAGCGGAGUUUGUAUGGAAUGCCAUGGCCUCCCAAAGGCUCUUGUCGAGGGGCUUGAAUGUGGUUGAAGGGGAUGUGGUGCGGUUGCGCCUCUCCGACAGCUCUAUCGCCAUGGGCUCGUCUUCUGCUUCAGCUCAGUAUAAACUGGUUACGGCGGAGGACAUAAAACGAGGUGUUUACAAUAUUACAGAUGUUGUACUUCCUGUUCCAUACGGGACUGACGUCUUGAGUAACUGUGUGUUUCCUCAAAUUGCGCCUUUGGAUUGCCAGCUCUACAAGGAGUUUGCAGCAAGGCACGGCUUGUCUUUUUUGUUUGAGAAACCACUUGGGCCCUCUACGUUUCCACGAGAAUUGUAUCGGUCACUCGUAGAGAGACCUAGGCAUCUUCAGGCUUCCGUGAUUAACGACCCGAACUCUUUUACAUGCUUAAAAUCAGAUCUUUUGAUCAUGCAGGAGCAAAAACGGAUUCAUGCGAAGGACAUGGACUACGUCUCGAGGGUGCGGGAGCCCUGCGUGUAUAAUGUCUCGGAGCGUUUUGUGGAAAAAAUUGAACCCAUUAAAAAGUUUCAUACAGGGCGUAAUUCUGUCGUUGUGUUUUGUCGGCUUCCAGGGGGAACAUCGCCGUUUGUAAUGCUGAGAGAGGCAUUUUCCCUUCGCUACGCUGCGUUUCAAGACAUGUAUGGCGUUUUGUAG